CCCAAACCGACCCUUUUGUUGAUAGGGAAGAUGCAAAAUCGCACACGAAUACUUGUCAGUAGGGGUCGAAUUUGUGCUUGUUAGGCCAAGGCAUGUGGGUAGGUACUACGCGUACCACUAAGCUUCGUUACCCUCGGUUCAGGACAACAUUAUAUUAGUAGAAGCAUCAAUCACUAGUAGGGCAAAGUAGUUUUGGGUCGGGAAGUCUGCUUCGGAUAGCCGCUGGCUUGGGUGUCGCUAUGAGAGUUAGUUCGUCGACAUGCGAGCUUCAAGUUCAAGGAUCGCGAACGGGGUUACCUUCCAAAGAGGAGCAAAUGCGACCUGGAAGCGGCAGCAGCUCUAGACGGGCGGCUGGAGUGAGGCCUGAAAGGUCGGCAACCCCUGGCAGCCCAUACAUUGCCUCCAACGCCUACAGUUAUGAACUGGUUGGUGGCCGACGGCCCGCUUCGGCCAGCGCAACUUCCUCUGGUGUUGCUGGGGCUCUGGAGCGCUCCAAGGCUGCGGCCUCAGGCGCCUCAGCAGCGGUGCAGGAGGCCCACCAGCGGCUUGAGCGGCUGCUCACUCCCCAGGCCAGCUCCCAAGCCGCUUCCAAGCGCCCCAUCUCCGCGCCGAUGACGUCGGGCACGGCAGCUGCAACAUCUCCCGUUGGCGGCAGCGCUGCUACGGGACACUCAACCCGGCCCUCUUCCGCCAGCUUGUCAGCUGCGUCUAGGGCUCACUCGUCCUCUUCAACUCUGGCAGGCGCCACAUUCCCAGGGGCGCACCACUCAGCCUCCACGUCCGCAGCCGCAUCCUCGGGUGGGCACCACCGUUCCCUGGGGCGCAGCGUGUCAGGGCCCGAGGGCGGUGGCCUGCUGUCCGCCAUGGGCGUGGGAAUGGGCAGGAGUGUGGGCAGCGGGAGCAGCGCUGGUAAGGGUCGGCCUGCGUCGCCGUCACUGGGCCGCAGCUCGGUGCCUGGCGCCUCGGGCAGCGGCAGCUCGUUGGUCCAUUCAGUGGGUGCGGCUAAGGGCGCAGCGCUGAGCAAGGCGGCUAUCGAGGCGGGGCGUGUGCUGGCGAACAUGCUGGAUGCCCCGGGGCCGCCCUCCUCACCGUCGCGGAGCGGGACAACCCCCACAGGAGCUGCAGCGCAUGGGGGCUCCGGAGGUGUCCUGGGGUCCCGCGGGCUGUCACAUUCGGUGCCUUCAUCGGAGAGGCACCUCGGCGGCAGUGGAGGAGCUAGCAGCAGCCGGGGUCUGGGGGCGGCGAGCGCGUCGGCUGGGAGCUUCGGUGGGCUUGGGUCGUCCGCCGGGACUGGACUGGGGACAUCGUCAUCGUCGUCGUCUUCGUUGUUGGCAGGAAAGCAGCAGCUGCGGCGGCGGCCGUCGACUGGCAGUGAGCGGGUUGCCGCAAGCGCGGAUGUUGCAGCAGACGGGCCAGUCGCAGCGGCCUCGCAAGAGGUAGCCGGGUUGACAAGUCGGAGUGCCUCCACAGCCUCGAUAGAUGGCGGCGGCGGCAUCAGCCGCAGAAGCGCUGACGCUGCUGCUGUGGUGUACGGUUCCGGUGGUGCGUCAUCGCGCCCCCAGUCCACGCAACGCACCAGCAGCAGUAGGGCUGGAGGUGGCAGUGGAGGACGAAGCGGCGGCAGUCCGGUGGGAGCUGCGUUGCAUGGCAACAGCAGCGCAACCCCGGAGAGAACCCAACUGAGCUCCCGCUCCUCGCUCUCCUCAUCACCCGCGGGUUCACAUGCGGCCUCAGGACAGCGGGCCUCGACUCCAACGACCGGGCAUUCAACCACAAGCGGUGCUGGGGCUUCAACAGGCAGUGGCAGCAGCGGCAGAAGCGGCACACCCGGCUCCGGGUCGCGCCCGACAAGCGCAGACAGCAGCAGAAGGGCGAAGAGGCCUACGCAAGCCGAUGCUGGAAACGCCGGCAGUGGCAGCAACAGCGGUAGCGGUGGCAGCGGCGGUGCUGUGACGAGAGCCGCUAGCAAGGACGUAAAGGGUGCGUCGACGGACACCCACACAUCGCAUGAGGGUCGGGGGGCGAGCACAGGCCAUACCGGGCAUGCAGGACAUAGCGGGGCGACGAGCAGCGGCAGUAGCAGCAGUGGUACUGGCUUGCAUCUGACGAUAGCGGAGCGGCGGCAAGCAGCUCAUGCCUCCACCUGCGACACAGCGAGCAGUGCGUCGGUUGGGGGAGCUGCUGCUGCCUCUCCUGCCUCACCCAGCAGGGGCUCCCCCUCUGGCGGCCACACCAGACCUAAGCCGCCUCACAUUGACCUCUCCCUCCUCUCCUCUGCCGCAUCCACAGAGGAGUCCACGCCCAACAUGAUCCGCCCCGCGCGGAUACGCUCCGCAUCGCCGCCUGGCGCUGCAUGCAGCAAGUCACCAUCAGCAGCUGCAGCUGCAGCGCCAGCAACCGACGGUGGUGGCAGCAGCAGUAGCGGCGGCGGCGGCCGCAUGCUGGUGUUUGAGGGUGCGCCGCUGCUGCUGCCCACUCGGUCGCCCAUGCAGUCCCCAAGGAUCAUGCUAGGCGUGCCCCGCCGCUUGCGGGGGGGCGGUCAGGGCUCAUGGAGCUCGGGAGGGGCGGGCGGCCUGCCGUUGCGCUCCCGCUGGGCCCGCAACCCUCCGCUACCGGAGCCGGUUUCGGAGGCAGCAGCUGGUUCCUCCGAGCCGCCCUCCUCGGUGGCUGCUGAGCUGCUGGCGGCCUCGCAUGAGCUGCUGUCGCUGUGCGGUGCGGACUCGACCUGGUUCGUGGAGUCGCUGCGGGACCGGUACGUGGAGGUGUACCGUGCCAGUCGGAAGAUGCAGCAGAUCUACUAGAGGGGGGAGUAGGAGGGUUGCAUGGAAGGUCCGAGGAAAGGUUGGGAGGACUGGCGUUGGGGUGUACGAGGUCGCUGUGAUGAGUUGGGCUUGGGCUUGGGCGGCGGGUAACGUUGUAUGGUUUUAUUUGCAGCAUGCGGUUGGCAACCAUGGGUUGGGGGGUGGUGGAGAAAUGGCUGAAGCCGGAACAAGGCUUCGGCGAAAUCUGUAAUUGACGUCAACCCUUUGACUUGCGUGAUGUGGUGACGUUAAGGUUUGUGCUUUUGGCGUUGACUUGCUUGCAUGUGUCGUGAGCCUUAUUGUUAAGUAAGCCGUUAUCCGGCCUUAUGUGUGCUCUGCUGGCAGCGUUCCUAUUGUGCAUAGCGUACGCUCAUGCAUUUGUUUUCUUAGCGGCGAGAUAUCCGCUGUGGCUCGCCCCGCUGCACUGGGCUUAUGAUUGCUGUGAUCUCUAGCAUACGGAUAUUUUUAAACAAUUUGGGAUGGUGUUUGGUUGAUAACAAGUUAUACACUGUCCUGUGAGCCUUCCAUAGUACCGCUGGUUCACAUGGCGUCUCUUUGUGACUUUUUGCAUUUGUGCUGAUACACGGGCCUGAGCGGGAGCAGGGACGGCUAGGAAGGAGCGGGCUUGGCUUGAAGGGGUGUUGUGAGCAGAUUGCCGUAGUGAAGACGCUGUCCUUGAGUUGCAAAUAUUGCAGGAUGCUUCAC